AUGGCUCAUCAAGAAGAUUCUUCCUCUGGUCUAUCGCAUACUGCCAGAAGACGCAGCGGCAUACCUCGCGGGUUUGAUAAUCUUCUCCAUCCUACGGGGCAAACAGUACAUUCCGCAGGAAGGACAUCGGCAACUACUUCUCCUACAGCAUCAAGACAACCUUCAUCUAGGUUACGACUACAUAUUCGCCAACAGCCUGUUGCAACUAGAGCAUGCUCAGCAGGCGAGAAGGAUCGUCGUACCAUAGAUCCACCACCUAUCUUGCAACUACUCUUGGCAGAUUUCAAUCCAGGAUCAGAAGCAGAUCUGGCUAUCCUACAGAAUUCGCGGUUUACAGUAGGCUGUCUGUUGUAUCUUGUGAAAAAGUCAAGUUCUGGCGGGGAAGAUGAGCUCAUUCACCAUUCUCGAAUUCCAGAAUCUCCCACUGGACACCGACGUGACGAAAGGAGUAAAGCUCGCAGUACCUACCAGUUCGACUCGAGGACUACCACUACUAGAAGUCAUGUCAAUGAGAAAUCGAAUCCCUCAGAUGAGCGUUAUGUGCAGAUAUUAUCUGGGAAAACCUAUGUAUCGCCCUUCCAUGUGCCAUACGACCCUGAUCCUGAAACCGCACCGAAUCAUCCUUCCUCUCACUCUCACCAAGCGCAAACAUAUCAUCAUCAUCACCGCCGCCACAACGUGAUAGAAUCACCUAAUCCCCCAGCAACAUUCUUCGUGUUCGCCGACCUUUCCAUCCGCACUUCAGGCACUUACCGUCUAAAAUUCCGUUUAAUGGACUGGGGCCUAGCCGCUGAAACCGGCGUACCCCAACCCAUCUUGGCUGAAUGCCUCUCAGACGCCUUUGAAGUAUUUUCGUCUAAAGAAUUCCCCGGUCUGAUGGCUUCGUCUGCUUUGACUUGGAAUUUGAGGAAGAUGGGGAUGAUGGAGUUGAAGCCGAGGGAUGGGAAGGGAAAAGGGGUUGCGAAGAAAGGGAAGAGGAGGGUUGAUGGUGGCGAUCAAUAG